AUGAGGCAUUUCGUGGCCCGCGUCCUGUUGGCCCUGGUAUGGGUGUCGGCCCUGGUGGCGGGCCAGACACCGGACCCGGUCCGGAUCAUGGACAACCCCCAUGCGGAAACCAUCCCCGACAGGUUCAUUGUCGUCUUCCAUGGAGUGACAUCCGUGGAGCAGGCGCGUUCCUUCUCCGAGGAGGUGGGCUCCGGGACGUUCUUCCACAUUGGCAGCCGGUUCAAGGCCCUGGUGGGGGCCCUGUUGCCGGAGGCACUGGCGCGCAUUCAGGCCCGCGGCGACCUGGUGGCGUACAUCGAGCCGGACCAGGCGGUGCGCCUUGCGGCCAUCAGCCAGAAGGAUCCGCCGUGGAAUUUGGAUCGCCUGGACCAGCGGUCCCUGCCGCUGGACAAUCGGUACUGGUAUUACGACCAUGCCGGGGCCGGCGCCUCGGUGUAUGUUCUCGACACCGGCAUCAACAAAAGCCACGUCGGGUUCAAGGGGAACCUCCAUUACGGGUGGAACUUCCAUGACAACACCCCGUAUGCGGAUGACUACCAUGGCCAUGGCACGGCGGUGGCCGGCAUCAUCGGCAGCGAGAAUUACGGCGUGGCCAAGUCGGCCGCCAUCUUCGGCGUCCGGGUGACCGACAAUGCGGGCAGUGGUACGAACUCGGCCCUGGUCCAGGGGAUUGGCUUUGUGGCGGAGGCACAUCGGAAAAGCAUGCGAAAGAUGACCGUCGGUUCGAUUUCGCUCCUCACGCCCGCCAGUCAGGCCUUGGACGAUGCGGUUCUGGCGGCCACCGAGGCGGGAGUCUUGUUUGUCAGUGCGGCUGGAAAUGGCAAUGGCGAUGCGUGCCAAUGGUCGCCGGGCCGGCUGUCGGAGGUGCUCAAUGUGGCGUCGGUGAAUAAUCGUGACACGCGCAUGAGCGCCUCGAACUUCGGGCCCUGCGUGGACAUCUUCGCCCCAGGCGACAGCAUCCCAACGACCGGGCACGCAUCGUCCACGGCCGUCUCGUAUUUUUCCGGGACCUCGGCCGCGGCGCCCCAUGCAUCCGGGGUGGCUGCUUUGGUGUUGGCCAAUUUCGGCCCCCGAAGCCCGGCCGAUCUUCGGAAGUACGUUCUCGAGAUGGCGACCAACAAUAAGGUGAUCGAUUCGCAGGGCUCGCCCAAUCGCCUGCUCUUCUCGAUGUUUGCCUAG